AUGUUUUCGGAUAACUGCGGGGUGCACGGGGCUUACAUAGUCUUCGUCUGGAUGCUGGGAGUAGUGAGUUCGGAGCCUAGUCCCAUAGCCACUUUACAACAUGUUGCCAACAUAUCCCAUGGAAUAGGCGGAACAAGUCUCAGCGAAUUUGGUUCUUCAAAUUUCUCUCCUCGAAUGGAUUUUGAACAGUGGAAACCUCUAACAGGACGCGGUGAUCCACUACGGAACGAUCCAACUUACGACUACGAACCCCCAGUUUUAGAACGGGUUCAUUACUGGGCUGAUGAAUCACGUCUGGAACGUGAACGUUAUCCUGAGAGAAAAUCUGAAGUUUUAAUGCUAGGAGUAUCUUCACGAAAACCAAGUGUGGCUCCCCGAACGCCACAAUUACCACCGAAACGACAACAUCGACCUCCUCCUCCUCCUCCUCCUCCACCACAUUCUCCUAAAUACGAAGAUUAUACGUACAGGUACAGUGAAUAUUAUCCAAUGACAAUUCUUGUGCCACCACCGCCACCACCUCCGGGACAUCAACCAUCACUUUUUAUUAUGCCUGAAGAAAAGAUACCCGUUCCAUUUUCUUUACCUAAGCAAGCUGACGUACCAAUACCAUUUAAUAGAGCUACUACUGUAACUCCAGAGCACUUAUCGUCAUUUGCAGUACAGGAAGCUAAUUUGAUUUAUCAAGCCUCUACAACUAGUCAAAAUUGGUUUAGAGACUUUAACCAAACGAAGGUAUUACAAAACAGCCCAAUUACCAGUGAUUAUGCUGGAUGGGGGCCAACAACACCCCUCGAUGAUAACAAUAUUGUCAAUGAUACACAUAAUUUGAUUUUCAAUGAUCAUACUAUAGAGAUAUCUGAACCCUAUUUAUUUUAUAAGCCCUUCUUAUCUGAAUCGCCACCACCUCUGAUUACAUCCGGUCAGCCAUUAGUUACUGCAUUUGUGCCGACUGCUUCACCACCUGUAGAGCCGACAACAAGUAGUACAGAAGUAACAUGGCCAUCAAAUGAAUUAUCUUUCGAUUCUACUACAGAAAUUCAAAAUACUUACGAAACAACUACUCAUUCACAUGAAACAACAAAUAAAUUUGUAACAACUACAACAUUAUCGCCGAAAUCAGAACAAAUGGUAAUUGAUAUGCUCGGCCCAAUGAUGUCAAUGCCUUUAGCUGCUGACCCCGAAAGAUCAGAAGACAAUUUAUAUGCUCAUGCUUCAGAAAAUAUACAGUUCUUUAAAGAACAAACAACUGAGGAUAUUAGAAAAUUAGAGUUAAUGCAAAAUAUUCAGCCACCACCUUCUACUAAAUUUCCAAAAAGUUCUACAGAAGUAGAGAGACAACCCUUCCACGUUAACCCCCACGUUCUUAAUAAUUCGCUUCAUGCAAAAAAAUUCGUUAAUACACAUGAUCCAUAUUUACAUAUGCGUUUUACUACACCAAUGACUUCUACAACUCAAGCAAGCUCCUCUCAAGAAUCCAAAUUUUCUACAGAAGUUCCCACGGUACCUAUGUACUUAAUUAUCCAGGGUCAUUCUAAAGUUAAAACAUACAGUUCCAAAGCUGAAAAUAGCGUAAAUGACCCUUCACUGAAUGAUUUAACGAAACACAAAAUAACGAGCGAAGUCAAGCACUUACACCCCUUAAAGGAAAAACAUGCAAAAAAAUUGGAAAAGGUUGACACCACAAGAAAAGAUAGAGCUCGAGAUUUAAAAACUUUGAUAGAUAAUGGACUAGGUUCUAUAGAAAUUCAAGAAGCAGAUAUAGGCAUUAAAUACGAUGUUAGCGACGGAAGUAAAGUGCCCAUAGAAGUGUACAAAAAAGGGAUUGUAGACAAUGAUGAAAAUAAUUACAAUUCUAAAGAGAAGAGAAAUAAGAGGCAAGUUGAAUUCGAUGAUUUAUUACCUUUUAAUGAUGAUUCAACAGAAAAAUAUGUUUAUGUAUUUUCAAAGGGGCAAAAUUUCAAAAGGGCUGGUAUCACGGAAUUAACAAUUCAAGCUGUUGAUAACGCGAUGACUGCCAAAAUCAAUGAUUUCGAAGGCGAUGACAAAGAUGUGGACAAACACGGAAAUGAAGAUAGAUGA